AUGAUCGGCUCAGAAACAAUGACGACUGCAUUCGCAAUACAGUUGCAUCCUGAUAAAAUAGAAAAUGAUAAUGAGGCGCGUAAUAAUACUACUCGAACAAUAAUGUUGUCGAUAAUAAUUGAAUCGAUCGUUAUUAAAAUAUAAGUCAACAGAAAAAUACAAUAAAAGGGAAAACAAGAAGAAAAAUAAUAUUAAUAAUAAUAAUAAACGAGCGAGCUCUGUCAGCCCGCGUGUUCCCGUGACGCGCGAAUAAAAAUAAUUCCUAAGUAGAAUCUUUUUAGCCUACGUCUUUGGCUGCGACUUUUCACUUAAGAAAGAACAACCGAUCGAAGUAGCACGAUCCCGAUCGAUCGAUUAUAUUAUAACUGACUUGAAAUACGACCGAUCGAAUCGUGAACCCGCGUUUGGAGCGUUUCCCUCUGCCCGCCGAGGAUUCUCGUUGAAAGUCGCCCGGGUUCCUGCCACAGCAUUAUUGGCUCGUCUCGCGAAGGAAACGACGAAACGAUUUAAAUAAAUAAGUUUAAAAAUAAUUCUAAAACACCUACACAUUGCUCGAACAUAAUAAUAACUAUCACAUUGCUUCGUUAUAUUCACAACUUUAACAAAAUUGCCACCGUGCAAAAUUCAAAACGAACUAAUCAUUAGCAUUAAUUGUACAGUGUAAAAACCUUAAAUGCGAUAAAUGAUCAUUUUUCAGGAACCCAAGGUCCUUUCGGCACGCCAUUCACCCUAACUGCAGAAAGUUACAACUUGUACACUUAAUUAUGACUGUCUUCUCCCUUUUGCUAUUUCCCGUUUUAUGUGUGUAUACUUCCUACUUCCUUUUCUCAUUUUGCCUAUUUGCUGCAAUCUCGCGCAUCAGCCUCUCUUAAACUUACAAUCUCGUUAUUAUAUUUUUACGUUCUUUGAGCUGGUGUUUAUGUUCUCAUGU